AUGACUCAACCUCAAGGUUUUGUUGACAAGUCUAAACCACAUUUUGUGUGUAAAUUGACUAAAGCGUUGUAUGGUCUUAAACAAGCACCCCGUGCUUGGUAUUCUACUUUUUCAAGCUAUCUUCUUACAAGUGGAUUUGUUGUUAGUCCAUCUGAUUCAUCUCUGUUUAUUCAACACACUGCCACUACGAUGACUGUGUUACUUGUUUACGUUGAUGAUAUCCUUAUUACUGGAAAUAAUUCAGCUCAUAUUGCCUCUCUCAUUGCUCAUAUGCACUCUGCUUUUUCAAUGAAAGAAUUGGGUCUUAUCCACUAUUUUUUGGGUGUCUCUGUGACAUCUUCUUCAUCUGGAUAUUUCCUUUCUCAAUCUAAAUAUGCUGCAGAAAUUCUUACUAAGGCUGGCAUGGCUGACUGUAAAGCAGCCCCUUCUCCCAUGGCUGUCAAGUCCUCUUCCAUAUCUUCUGCACCUGUGGCUUAUUCCAAUCCCUCUCUCUAUCGUAGUAUUGUUGGUGCCCUUCAGUAUUUGACAAUUACUCGUCCAGAUAUCUCCUUUGCUGUUAAUCAUGCUUGCCAAACUAUGCAUGCUCCUACUGAGGCUGAUUUUGCAUCUGUCAAACACUUGUUGCGGUAUCUUAAAGGCACCCUUCAUCAGGGUCUGUCCUUUACUCCUGGUCCUCUUGAGCUUCAUGCUUUCUCUGACUCCGAUUGGGCAGGUAGUGUCCAUGAUCGUCGCUCUACUACUGGCUACUGUGUCUUUUUAGGUCCUAACCUUAUCUCUUGGUCUGCCAAGAAGCAACCUACAGUGUCUCGUUCAUCCACUGAGGCUGAGUAUCGAGCUCUUGCUCAGGCCGCAGCUGAGUUGAGUUGGCUUCAAAUGGUUCUUACUGAUUUACACAUUGCUCAUCCAUGUCCACUUCUCUGGUGUGAUAACUUGUCUGCUAUUUCCUUGAGUUCCAAUCCUGUUUUCCAUUCUCGGUCUAAACACAUUGCUGUUGACUAUCAUUAUAUCCGUGAACGAGUUGCAUCCAAACAAAUUUUUGUCAAGCAUGUUGCCUCCUCUGAUCAACUUGCUGAUCUGUUUACCAAAGCUUUACCCGUCUCUCGCUUUCAUUUUCUUCGUGACAAGCUCAUGGUGCUCUCUUCCCCUAUGAGCUUGCCGGGGGGUGAUGAAAGUAUAGCUUACAAAGCUUACAAUCAGACUCAGCAGCAGCAACAGUCCAAACAGGUUCAAGUUCUGCAGCAGUUCAAACAGUCUUCAUCAGCCACAUCCAAGUGUGAGAAGCUACAAGCCGAGUCCAGUGAUAACAUUCCAUAUCCAUUAUAA